UACCGUAGAUACAGUACAUGUUUAAUUCCAACAACUUGACAUUCUAUGAAACUCAUCACCGCCUGCUGGCAAGAAAUUAUCAACAGUUUUAAAGGAUUUUCAUUGUUUGAAAAUGAAGCGAAGGAAAUUAUACAAAUUAUAAAAGAAACUGGUGGUGGGAAGAAGAAAUUAAAAAUUUAGUUGAGAAUGACGAUCGUAAAAUAACAGAUGAAAAAUAGGAUGGUCUUAUAACACCAACCGAUGGCAAAGCAGAAGAAGAUAAGAAAGAACCUUUAUGAUCUUAAUGCAGCUUCUUCAAAACUGAGAACACCAGAUGCUCACAAAGAAGAAUCUAAACCAAAAACAGUAAAAAUUGGCAGUAAUUUUUCCAGUUUAAGGGGACCCAAUAACAUCAUUUCUAAAGCCCAUGAAGAAAGUUAUAAUUUAAAGUCUCGUUUACUAAAUCGUCUUUCCAAAAGUGAUAGUUCCAUAAACAGAAAUUGUAACCAAGUAAAACCACCUGCUGCUCGAAGUGUGCAAGAUAUAUCCACUAACACCUGCCGGAAAAGAAGUAUAUCAGGAGUUGAUUCAAAAUGGAAAAAUAAAAAGACUUUUCCUAUGACACCAAUGUGCUUGAAGCGGACUAUAUGCAAAUCAAAAGCUAAAAGAACGAAAACUACUGAGGAACUGGAGCUUGAAAAGAUUGCUCAACUUCAAAAGGAGCUUGCUGAUCAUCUUAAAUAUAAUGAAAAUAGUUUAAGAAGAUUGAAACUGAAAGUUGGGGUUGCUCCAAUCCAGAGAAAUAUACCUAAGAAAGCCGAAGUUUCUUCAAGAAUCAAGACAUUAAAGGAAGAUACUGAAAAUGGAGGAAACAAAGCAGUUGGUGUUGCUCCUUCUAAAAAUAUAUCUGCAGUGAUAAAAAACAUGCGUUUGAGAGCACAGAAUAAGACAUUAUUGGUAAAAUCUACAGAUGUUCAAAAUAUGCUGGAAACUAAUAAAUGCCUAUCAAAUUCUUCAAAAAAAGAUAUAAUGAAAACUCAGAGUUUACAUCUACCCUGUACUUGCAAGCGAAAGGACUUGCUUUCAAAAAUGCCUUUAUCCAAGCAGUAUGAUGCUCAUUGUGGAAUAACAUUUUACCAUAAUCGGAAAAAAACAACUGUUGUGAAGCCAUUCAGUUUCGAUGCAAGAGUUAAAGAAUUUACAGCUUCUAUGAAAAAAGAAGUUGAAAAGAUCCGUCUUUCAAGUUCCUUACAAACUCCAUGGCCAAAAGAUAUAACUAAAGAAAAUUUUUCUCCCAAUAAAACAUCUUGUUCUGCUGAGAAAUUCUCAUUUAAUCCUAAAGUGAUAAAGGUACAGUAUUAUAAUUCUUUUAAGACACCACUAGUAGCCAAAGGAACUAUUCCUCCUAAUAUAGCUGAAUUCUCAACUAAAGCCACAAAAUAUGAAAAGGAAAGGGCUCCAGAAUCUGAAAAAAGCAAAAAAGGGAAGUAAAGAAGCAAAUUUUGAAAGCUGUGAUCUCAUAGGUAAAGUCUGGAAGAUAUGAAAUAAUUGUGCACUAAGAGGAGCCGGCUAUCAUAUUUAUCACAUGUAUAUUAAUUUUAUGGGACUAUUUUAGUAACAUAUGCUAUAUGUAUUUACUAUUUUUCUGCAGAACCUUUUUAUCCUUUUUGGCAUUUUAUCAUGUUCUGUAUAUUUGAUACAUUUUUUUAAAUUUCAAAAUAUUUUUGUAACGUAUAUAUACAUAUUCAAAAUUUUUAAAUCUUAUUUUCACACUAGUGUAAGUACCACUUGGUAGUUAGAUCAUUCUUACACUUGUAUCUAAUUUAUAAUUUUUUAAUCCUAGAAUGUAUUGAAUUGCUGUUCAUGUGUAUCUGAGUGAUAUUUUGUUAUUAAUGUCAAUAAAAGUUUUUCUUGCAUAA